UAUGAAAAUAGUAUAAUUUAUCAUAUAUUGCCCAAAAGACCCCUGAAUUUCCCUCGUUCUUGCCAUUUCGAAAUCCUUAUCUUUCUCUCUUUGGUUUUCACCCAAAUACCAGAAAAUGGCGUCGGAAACUCAAAUUCACCACGAACCAAAUCGGAAGAAAUUCUGGUCCCUGAAAGACUUCGAGAUCGGAAAACCCCUCGGAAAAGGCAAAUUCGGCAGAGUCUAUCUAGCCCGAGAAGCAAAGAGCAAAUACGUAGUGGCGUUGAAGAUAAUAUUCAAGGAGCAGAUCGAAAAGCACGGAAUGCAUCACCAGCUGAAGAGAGAGAUGGAGAUUCAGACCAAUUUAAGACACCAGAAUGUUCUACGCCUCUACGGCUGGUUUCACGACGAAGAACGGAUCUUCUUGAUUCUCGAGUACGCCCAUGGCGGUGAGCUCUAUGGCGAGCUUAGGAAGUCUGGACAUUUCUCGGAAAAGCAAGCCGCGACGUACAUUCUAAGCCUUGCGCAAGCGUUGGCUUAUUGUCACGAGAAGCAUGUUAUUCAUAGGGAUAUAAAGCCGGAGAAUUUGUUGAUUGAUCAUCGGGGUCGACUGAAAAUAGCGGACUUUGGAUGGUCUGUGCAGUCUAGCAGCAAGAGGCACACAAUGUGUGGGACUUUGGAUUAUUUGGCACCAGAAAUGGUGGAGAACAAAGCUCACGACCAUGCUGUUGAUAAAUGGACUUUGGGUAUUCUUUGUUACGAGUUCCUCUAUGGUGUCCCUCCCUUUGAGGCUGAAACUCAAAGAGACACAUUCAAGAGAAUAGUGAAAGUUGAUCUGUGUUACCCUCCUAUACCACAUGUUUCUGCUGAAGCCAAAGAUCUUAUUAGCAGGCUCCUAGUGAAGGACUCCUCAAAGAGGCUCUCUCUUCAGAACAUUACGGAGCACCCUUGGAUAAUCAAGAAUGCAGAUCCCUCUGGUAUCUGCGAGAACUAGCAUUCGUAAUUCUAUCAUCUUGCCACUGUGGCUGUGGCGAACUUACCAGAGUUUGGUUCUGUUUCGCCUGCUGUAAUAUAUUGGCUUAGAGGAACUUAACUUUCUAACUAGAAAUACAAGAUUGAAUUUCAUUUAUCAUAUUUGGGCCCGGGGGAAACCUGACUUUUUUUGUUGAUGAAUGAUGAAUAUAGUCUCACGAGUUUCAUCACCUUGACCAUAGUAUCACCGGAUUACCUAUACUAGAUGUAC